AGUUACUUGCAGACUUUUCAGACGGCUCAUUGACCUACUGGCUGCAGGCCCAGCAUGGAGGAAGGGAGUGGAAUAUUGAAAGAGGGUUUUCUCGUUAAAAAGGGCCAUGUUGUCCACAACUGGAAAGCAAGAUGGUUUGUUCUUCUCCAAGACAGGCUGCUCUAUUAUAAAGUUGUGGGAGGAAAGAAGGAGUCUUCUCCAAAGGGCAGGAUUCUUCUAGAUGGCUGCACUAUCACCUGCCCAUGUUUAGAAUACGAGAACAGGCCGUCGGUCAUUAAACUGAGGACAAAAACCAAUACAGAAUAUUUCCUAGACUCUUGCUCUCGCGAAGAGCGUGACUCUUGGGCUUUAGAUAUAACUGGUGCUAUUCAUGCUGGCAAUCCAGUGCAAGUUCAGCAGCUUCACCUCAUGAAAAAUUCCUUCAAACUGCCUUCAAAUAUCAGCCUGAAUCACAUCAUAGACAAAAUGCAUGACAACAGCAACGGAAUUAAGCUAACACCCAACACAGGACAAGGCAGCACAUAUAAAGAAAGCUUUACAGGCUCUAUGAUGGUGGACUGGCUGAUUUCCAAUAGUUUUGCAGCCUCCCGGCUAGAGGCAGUUACAUUGGCCUCUAUGCUGAUGGAAGAAAAUUUCAUCAAGCCUGUGGGAGCCCGGAGUGUUGAAGCCAUAAGAAAUGGUGAUCUGGCGGAGCAGUUUUUAGAUGACUCUACAGCACUGUACACAUUUGCUGAAAGCUACAAGAAGAAAAUCAGCUCCAAAGAAGAGCUUCAUCUUAACAUUCUUGAACUGAGUGGCACAAUUGUAAAACAAGGUUUUUUAAUAAAACAGGGGCACAAGAGGAAAAACUGGAAGGUGAGGCGCUUUGUCCUGAGGGCUGAUCCUGCUUUUCUACACUAUUAUGACCCCACAAAGGAAGAUAACAGGCCAGUUGGGGGUUUUACUCUCCGUGGCUGCCUUGUCUCUGCAUUGGAAGAUAAUGGAGUCCCAACAGGAGUGAAAGGAAAUGUGCAGGGGAACCUCUUCAAAAUCAUCACAAAGAAUGACAUUCAUUACUACAUACAGGCCAGUUGCAAGGCAGAGAGGGCACAUUGGAUUGAAGCUAUCAAAAAGCUAACAUAGGAAAUGUGCAGAAGUGUGUAUAUUGGUCAAUGGCAAAACUGAUG